UAUAAACAAACCAAUCGUUCGGUAGGUAUAAUGGCUGCGAAUGAUAACCGUAGCUUACACCGGCUCAGUAGACCAUUGGUAGUCAAUGAUAGAAGUUUAUAAUUUUUACUAUGAACCAUUAUAAUUUAAGUACUUUUGGUGUUGAGAAAACUCGGGAAGAAGUUGAUGCUAGCUUCCCACCGUGGUUCGUCAACUUCCAGGAUCCGUUCGAGCUGUAUCGCGCCCAACCGAGCUAUCUCUGGUGCCAGGCUUCGUUUCUGUUGGGUGCAUUGCUUUGUAUAGUGCACGCAAUCAAACGGGGAGGACGUUGGCCGUAUCUGUUUCUAGGUGCCCUUUGCCAUGGAUUGGUCGUCGAGCUGAUCACUUAUUACGUGCCGAGUAUUGAUAAUUUUUGGCACUCCAAAACGCCAAUAGAUUUCUUCGGUCACCGAUUGCCGCUGUACAUUAUCUUCCUCUAUCCAGUAUUCUACUAUCAAGCGCACUGGGCCGUAUCCAAAUUGCACCUGAAAUGCCGUUGGUCGGAGCACAUGGCAGCUGGGCUGUUGGUGGUGCUCAUCGAUUUGCCGUAUGACAUCGUUAGCGUGAAGUUUGUACAUUGGACAUGGCACGAUACCGAUCCGAACAUAGCCGAUCGACACUACUGGGUACCGUGGAACUCGUACUACUUCCAUGCCACGUUUGCAUUUGCGUUCUCGUUCUUCUUUCACAACGUGCGGAAAUGGAUCGACCGGAGGAAACUGGAUCGCUGGCAAGCGGGAUCGGUGAAAGCUGAACUGGCUGCUGUGCUAGUGGCUGCACUGCUUUCGUUCCCUGGAGGAGCGUUGCUGUUCAUUCCGUUGUACCAUCCGUUCCACGACUUCUACAAUGUUCCUGGAGAGGUGACAGCAGUUACUUUGCUUUUCGUAUUUCUGACGACGCUUUGGAAGUUUGACCGGAAAAGCAAUCGCAGACUGCCUGAGCGGUAUGGUUGCUUGGAUACAAUGGGCCGUGCCCUGAUGGCUCAUCUUGUCAUCCACUAUUCGGUGUUCUUUGCAAUGGUUGCCUUCCUCAAUCCGGAGGACGUAGUUGCGGCCGGUCUUCACGAACCCAUCGGUGACUGUGAUGCCAAAACGCCGGUUCAUACCGUGCUGAAAACUCUGGAAAAGCGAACCUACCUCUGCGCGGAAGAUUACGAUGAGAAGUACUUCGACUUUCACUGUCUGGCGCGGCAACCCAAGUCGGGAUCCUAUUGGUACACAAUUUGCGGAACACCGUUUGAAAACCGGGCAGAGUACGUUCUGGUAUUAUCUUUAAUUUGUUUCGUCGCAUCAAUGGUCUUCCGUACGAUACACUUCGAUUACGACGUUCGUUUCGAUAUCUACGAUUUGGUUCGCAAGGAUAAGAAAGGACAAGCAGCCAAGGAAGGCAAAAAGAACAAAUAAAGAUAAGGUAAUUCUACUAGAUACACCAAUAAACUGAUUGAAACAAACUA